GAUUAUCUAUUUUCACUCUUAGAUAAAUUUGGAAAUGCUGUUCCAGCAGUUCAUCCUUUUGAUGUGUAUGCUCGACUCCAUAUGGUUGAUAGUCUUGAAAAGUUGGGUAUUGAUCGCCAUUUUAAGGAGGAAAUUGAAAGUAUACUAGAGGAAACAUGGAGAAUGUGGCAAAAGGAAGAAGAUGACAUAUUUUUAGAACCCACCACAUGUGCCAUGGCAUUUCGUUUGCUACGUUUGCAUGGAUACAAUGUUUCUUCAGGUACCUUUUGCUAUGCGUUUUCCUCAUCAUGCUUAUUUGGAUUUCAUUUUAAACCGAAGAUCUAUAGAGCAUUACGACGCCCAUCAAAAGAGAAUUUUGAAAUCUUCAUAUUGUUCUAUGAAUCUCCCCAACAAAGAAUUCCUCAAAUUGGGAGUAGACAACUUCAAUCACUCUCAACUAUUAUUUCUUGAAGAAUUCAACCUGUUCAACAAGUGGUUUAUGGAGAGUGGAUUGGAGAAACUACAUUUUCCAAUCUCAAAAGCAAAAGCUGCCUAUUCCUUC